AUGUACGCUGUUGCAUUUCCGAUCUGGGCUUUCUUACAUCUCGUUCUCACUUCGUUGGUCCUGGUCAAGGCAUCACAUCCCGUCAUUGGACCACCUCCAUCUCUCUUGCCUCUGAAAGAGCCGCCGCCCGGAGAAGUGUUCAUUCAGGAUGAGGAUUUCAAUCAGGCUGCAUACGGGAACUAUGUUCUGCAGACCUUCAACUCUACUAAUGUCAGUGUACCUCGAAUGAACAUGAUGAAGCCUUUCACUGCCUGCGACGAUGGUUCCUACAUCUUCGUUACCCCUCGUGGGGAGAUUGCGGGUCGUCCAACUGCCGCCAUUUACGACGUGAGCGGAAGCUUGAUCUGGACGCCAACUGUAGACUUCGGCGAGAUCUACAACUUUCAGGUGCAGAUGUACAAGAAUGAGCUAUACUUGACCUUCUGGCCUGGCAGCAACGAUGAGGCGCACGGGGAGGGUCAGUACUACAUGUACGAUAAACACUACAACCUUGUUCGAAACACCUCCGCCUCCAACAAUCUGUCUGCGGACCUGCAUUCUUUCAGUAUCACACCGGAAAACACAGUGCUCUUGACAAUCUACGAGAAAGUCGAGACCGAUCUCGCCGGUAUCCUUGGGCAGCCCUCCCGCUUUAAGCAGUGCAUGUGGGACUGCUUAUUCCAGGAAUUCGACCUUGAGACCGGCGAAGUCGUCUUCCAAUGGCGGGCCUCCGAGCAUUUCGAACAGAAAGAAUCGUACAUCUCGCACAGACCGGCAACCGAGUACGAUCCAUGGGAUAUGCUGCACAUCAACAUGGUAGAGAAGGAUGUAGCCGGUAACUAUCUCGUCUCUUUACGACACCUGCGUUGCAUAGCGUACAUAUCUGGCGAGAUAGGAGAAGUACUGUGGAAGUUAGGUGGAAAGCGCAAUAUGUUCGAAGAUCUGUCCGGCGGGGAAGCAACCAACUUUGUGGGCCAACACGAUGCGCAUUGGGAUAUUGUCGGUCAAUACAUCACACUCUUCGAUAACCGAGCGGACUGGCAGGACGAAGCAGAGCACGUAUCGAAAGGCAAGCGCAUUGAGAUCGACACGGACAAAAUGACGGCGAAGCUCAAUAUAACAUACGUGCAUCCUGAGAACAUCUUCACGUUUUCGCAAGGGUCGUAUCAGACUCUGCCCAACGGCAACGUACUGCUAGGAUAUGGUUAUACUGGUGCGCUCGCCGAGUUUGCUGCGAAUGGCACACUGCUUUGUGAUGCAUAUUUGCAGCCUUCAUCGAGGUUCAGUUCCGAAGAAGUACAAAGCUAUCGAAAUCUCAAACUCAAUUGGACCGGCAUACCCACAACGCUGCCAAGUGUUGUCCUGGAGAACCGGACAUUGUAUGUCUCGUGGCUUGGCUCUACAGAAGUGCGUAGCUGGGCGCUGCAGGAUUCUUCCGACGAUGAUAACGACUUUGGCAUAGUGUUGGAAGAGCCGAAGUCAGGCUUCGAGACAGGGGUUAUUCUUGAGCAUGAUCUACCGCUGCGACGAUAUGUUCGCUUGGUGGCUUUGGACAUUGAUCGUCGGGAGCUAGCAGCUUCAGAGCUGAUUGACGUGGGAGACUUGGCCACGACACAUAUGGAAGAUGUCGACACUCCACUUGACGACAUCGACGACGAGGUGCAAGCACUGAAGAUUGAAAAGCAGCUGCAAGAUCUUGGGGCGCUUCUCGGCUUUGCGUUGAUGGCCUUGGUCGCGGCUCUGCUUGUGCUCCUUGCUCGUACCCGUCCACAAAUCAUCCCGGACAUGUGGCGUGGGAAGGAAGAGGACUUCGGGUUGGACCUGCCUACUCUUCGAAACGUUGGCGUGUAG